GCGGCACUGACCGUGGCCACCAGACCACCACGACGCUUUCCUGGGGACAUGGGACGCAUCAAUCAGUCGCGUUUUGCGCUGGAGGACCUCGCAAACCACGACGGAAGUCAUGAUUAUGCCUACUCGUGGGGCUACACUAUCUUCCGCACCGUCUACGGGCCCGACACUGAUGAGGACUUCGCAAGGGCCGUUCAGCGCCUUGCCGUUUACGCGAAAAGGUUCACGCAGAAUAACCCCCACGACAACCGCCCCGACCAGAAGCUUUGGAGCCGUUACUACAGCGAGGUUGUGCAGGACGAGGAGAGGCUCUCUGGGGCGACUGAGAGCGAGGUUGGUGACAUGUUUGAUGUUUGGAUCAGGGACCAUCGCCGUGCCGCCACAACCGCCAAUGCGUCUCUAAGACCCAAUGACAGGUUUCUUUUCUGCUUGAUGCUGGACGAGGAGAGCAUGGAAAAUAUCCUCGAGCUUCCUGAGGACCCCCGCCGCCGUAACUUUGACUAUGGUGCGUCUUGGGUCAAGGUCAUCAGCGACACGGUGAACACCACAGAGGAGGGCGUCAGCGAAAGAUGGUGGUUGCGGGUCGGCGUAACGGACCACCUGUGGCCCCUGUGGUUUUACCCCUUUAACCCGGACAUCAUGGUUGAGGAGCUAGGGUGGGAGGAUGAAGAGGACGGAGUCAGGAAUAUAUGGGGCGAUUAUAUGCUCUGGAUGCGGGAGAUCGAUGCGCAGUACGAAGGAUGA